AUGGCCUCGACUCACGCCGCAGACAAGGCCGCCGCAACCGCCCUGAAGCUCAAGGGAAACCAGGCCUUUGCACAGCAUGACUGGCCUGCCGCUAUCGAUUAUUACACCAAGGCAAUAGAAAAGUACGAUGCAGACCCGUCGUUCUACUGCAACCGGGCCCAGGCAAACAUCAAGCUGGAGGCCUACGGCUAUGCUAUUGCUGACGCAACCAAGGCCAUUGAACUCGACAAAGACUACAUUAAGGCAUACUGGAGACGAGCGAUUGCCAACACUGCCAUCCUGAAUUCUCAAGAUGCCCUCCGAGACUUCAAGACGGUUUGCCGAAAGGAGCCUAACAACAAGGAGGCUAAACUCAAGCUGGCCGAGUGCGAAAAGCUGGUCAAGAAGAUACAAUUCCUCAAGGCGAUCGAAGUCGAAGAACCUCCGUCAGCAUUCGAAGGACUGGACUUGGACUCGAUAGAGGUGGACGAGAAAUAUGAUGGUGUCAGAUUAGGGAACGAGAUGACGCAGGAAUUCAUCGACGAUAUGAUAGAGCGGUUCAAGAACGGCAAGAAGAUCCACAAGAAGUAUGUGUUUCAGAUCAUCAAGGCCGUCAGAGACAUCGUCUAUGACGAGCCGACCAUGGUCGAGAUGGACGUGGCUCCCGACACCAAACUCACGGUCUGCGGAGACACCCACGGCCAAUUCUUCGAUCUGCUGGAGAUCUUCCGACUCAAUGGCUACCCGACGGACACGCAUGCAUACCUGUUCAACGGUGACUUUGUGGAUCGAGGGUCAUGGUCGACGGAAAUCGCCCUGCUUCUCUAUGCCUACAAGUGGCUACGACCUAACGCCUUCUUUUUGAACCGUGGUAACCACGAGACGGACGAUAUGAACCGAGUGUAUGGGUUUGAAGGCGAAUGCAAGGCCAAGUACAACGAGAAGACUUUCAAGCUUUUCUCCGAGUCAUUCUCAGCACUGCCGUUGGCAACCUUGAUCGGGAAGAAAUACCUUACACUCCAUGGUGGGCUGUUUUCGGACGAUAAAGUUACACUAGACGACAUCCGCAAACUUGAUCGCCACGUGCAGCGGCAGCCCGGUCAGUCGGGCCUUAUGAUGGAGAUGCUCUGGACAGAUCCUCAGCCUCAAAAUGGAAGAGGACCCAGCAAGCGGGGUGUUGGACUGCAGUUCGGCCCUGAUGUGACGAAGAAAUUCUGUGAAAACAAUAACCUCGAGGCUGUGAUUCGGAGUCACGAGGUACGGAUGGACGGUUACGAGGUCGAGCAUGACGGAAAGUGCAUCACGGUCUUCUCGGCGCCCAAAUACUGUGACACGACGGAGAACAAGGGAGCCUACAUCAACAUUGGCCCCGACAUGAAGUUAGAGUAUCACCAGUUCGAAGCUGUACCUCAUCCUGAUAUCAAGCCCAUGGCGUAUGCGGCGAGCUCGUUAAUGUCCAUGAUGUAG